AUGAGCGCCAGCUCUAAGCUUCCCCCCGAAGCUGUUAAGCAACAGGUCCCUGAAAGUAGGAAGGAGCCAGUUCGCGACGACACACCAAUUUCAGAACUCGACCCUAAACUAUUACUUUUGGGCGACUUCGCCGAGAAUGGCACAUGGUGGACCGGGGGUCAAGAGGAGGUUCUACCCUCAAAGACCCCAUCCCGGCGGAAAGACGAUGCACCUUCCAUUGUGUCUUCCAGAUCCCCCCGAAUCGACUGGGGUGUAGCCAGUGAAUGGUAUCAUAUGGUAGUCAAUGCAGCCCAGCUCUGGCCAGAAGCUACGCGGAAGUACUUGUACCUGUCCGUCUCGGUGCUGACAGAUGCAAAGCUAUUUCAAUUCGAAUCACUCGCUAUCUCGGCUCAAGAGCAUAUACAACAGGUUCUAUUAAGUGUACAGAAACACUCCUCAAACGACCAUGUCGGUUAA